CUUCCUCUUCAGAUCAAUCUUCCUCUUUAUAUCCGAGUCAGAGAUGGCGCCGCUCCACCUGCUGUGUAUACUAGUUUCUGCAGUUUCUACAGAAAUCAUCAACGGGACAGGUGUCCGUGUGUCUACAGAAAAGUUAUCACAGCCUGAAUUGACGGUUAAAUCUCCCUAUGUGAUGACCGGACACACGAAGACUAUUGACUGCAUCUCCAGGAACGGCUCUCUCCCCAUCACUUACACCCUAUUCAUCAACAAGACGUUUGUAGAGAAAAGGACGCUGCCAGUGGACAGAAGAGUCACCUCCAAUGUCACUGUGGAGGAGAGGACAGUGCCAGAGGACAGAAGAGUCACCUCCAACGUCACUGUGGAGAAGAGGACCGUGCCAGAGGAGAGAGGACCCACCUCCAAUGUCACUGUGGAGGAGAGGACAGUGCCAGAGGAGAGAGGAGCCACCUUCAAUGUCACCAUCUACAAUGAGACUAGCCUCGGACCUUAUAAAUGCAAAGCCAACAACAGCCUGAUGCUACCUGUGUACAGUGAGGAGCUCACAUUUACACUACAAGAAAAGUUAUCACAGCCUGAAAUGACGGUUAAAUCUCCCAAUGUGAUGACCGGACACACGAAGACCAUCCACUGCAUCUCCAGGAACGGCUCUCUCCCCAUCACUUACACCCUAUUCAUUAAUAAGACAUUUGUGGAGAAGAGGACCGUGCCAGAGGAGAGAGGAGCCACCUCCAACGUCACUGUGGAGGAGAGGACAGUGCAAGAGGAGAGAGGAGCCACCUUCAAUGUCACCAUCUACAAUGAGACUAGCCUCGGACCUUAUAAAUGCAAAGCCAACAACAGCCUGAUGAUACCUGUGUACAGUGAGGAGCUCACAUUUACACUACAAGUGGAAAAGAACCGACGAGGGUACCUGGAGUGGCUGAUCCCUGUCCUCACACUGAUUGGGAUCCUGGUGAUCAUUGCAUUUAUAGGACUUGCCAGACAUAAGAAAGGCAGGGCGAGGCGUCAGGAGGAUCAGUAUUGUGUUGUGGGACCAAUAAACGGAAGAGAAGAUGGGAGUAAGCGGUGCGAGGAUCAGGACAUAGAGUACUGCAGUAUGGUGCUGAGGGGACCAGCCAGAGCUGCCAUCAGGACUGAAGAGUCGGUGGAAUACAUGACAGUGGCGAUAAAAAGAUCCUAGUACGAUCAAUACGGAGUCGUCGGGCGGCCAUGACACCUCAGACACUAUAGUGGCUAUAACAGAGGGCGAAGAUGUGACUACACCCAGGUUUAUUGCACAGAAUCGCUGACCAGCGUCUCAUCCUUGUCUCGUGGAUGAUGGGAGUAUUCAUUUCCUUUGUCUAUAAAUAUUUACAUGAAA